GAUCUAUUGACCGUCCUUUUACACCAGGCCGGGGUUGCUUUGUGGCUGUCAACUUUCCCCGAGGUCCGAUGUGGUGUCCAUGUUAAGUGUGGUGGCCGCUGCGACGACGGAGGAGAAAUGAAGCAGAAGCGGAAAGGAGAUCUCAGCCCUGCUGAACUAAUGAUGCUGACCAUAGGAGAUGUUAUUAAACAACUGAUUGAAGCUCACGAGCAGGGGAAGGACAUUGAUCUUAAUAAGGUGAAAACCAAGACAGCUGCCAAAUACGGCCUUUCCUCACAGCCUCGCCUGGUGGACAUCAUUGCUGCAGUCCCACCUCAAUAUCGGAAGGUCUUGGUCCCCAAGUUAAAGGCAAAACCCAUCAGAACUGCCAGUGGGAUUGCUGUGGUGGCUGUGAUGUGCAAACCCCACAGAUGUCCACACAUCAGUUUUACAGGAAACAUAUGUGUAUACUGCCCUGGUGGACCUGAUUCCGAUUUUGAAUAUUCGACCCAGUCAUACACUGGAUAUGAGCCAACUUCCAUGAGAGCGAUCCGUGCUAGAUACGACCCUUAUCUGCAGACAAGACACCGAAUAGAACAGUUGAAACAGCUUGGUCACAGCGUGGAUAAAGUGGAGUUUAUUGUGAUGGGUGGAACAUUUAUGGCCCUUCCAGAAGAAUACAGAGAUUAUUUUAUUCGAAAUUUACAUGAUGCAUUGUCAGGACAUACCUCCAACAAUAUUUACGAGGCAGUCAAGUAUUCUGAGAGGAGCCUCACAAAGUGUAUUGGAAUUACUAUUGAGACUAGACCUGAUUAUUGCAUGAAGCGGCAUUUAAGUGACAUGUUGACCUAUGGCUGUACAAGGCUGGAGAUUGGCGUACAGAGUGUCUACGAAGACGUGGCCAGAGAUACCAACAGGGGCCACACUGUGAAAGCAGUAUGUGAGUCAUUUCACCUGGCCAAAGAUUCUGGUUUCAAAGUUGUGUCUCAUAUGAUGCCUGAUCUGCCCAAUGUGGGGCUAGAGAGAGACAUCGAACAGUUCACAGAGUUUUUUGAGAACCCUGCUUUUCGUCCUGAUGGUUUGAAACUCUACCCGACCCUGGUGAUCCGUGGAACUGGGCUUUAUGAGCUGUGGAAAUCAGGAAGAUAUAAGAGUUAUUCUCCUAGUGACCUGAUCGAAUUGGUGGCUCGGAUCCUUGCCCUGGUGCCUCCAUGGACUCGAGUGUACCGAGUACAGAGAGAUAUUCCAAUGCCCUUAGUCAGCUCAGGAGUAGAGCAUGGUAAUUUGAGGGAGCUGGCAUUUGCAAGAAUGAAAGACCUUGGAAUACAGUGUCGAGAUGUGAGAACCAGAGAGGUUGGGAUUCAAGAAAUUCAUCACAAAGUACGACCAUACCAGGUUGAAUUGGUAAGGAGAGAUUAUGUUGCAAAUGGUGGCUGGGAAACAUUCUUAUCCUACGAAGACCCAGAUCAAGACAUUUUGAUUGGCCUCCUGCGAUUACGAAAGUGUUCGGAGGAAACCUUCCGUUUUGAAUUGGUUGGAGGUGUUUCCAUAGUCCGAGAGCUGCACGUGUACGGAAGUGUGGUCCCUGUGAGCACGGAUCCUACUAAAUUUCAGCAUCAGGGAUUCGGCAUGCUGCUGAUGGAGGAAGCAGAAAGAAUAGCUAGAGAAGAACAUGGAUCCGGGAAAAUAGCUGUUAUAUCAGGCGUUGGCACGAGGAAUUAUUACAGAAAGAUUGGCUACAGAUUGCAAGGCCCGUACAUGGUAAAGACACUGAAGUAACAGUCAUGCCAGCCCACCUCGAUGCCCUAUCCUCCCAGGGCAGGAAGUAGAGAUUCCAGAUGUUGAACACUCAGCAGAGAGGCUGAGUGAAGAAAAUGGACCUACCCUGUUCCUCUGGCAAGAAGUUUUCCCCUCAUCUUGCAGCUGCAGAGACUAGAAACUGUUUUCAGGGCGGGGCCAGGCAGCUGCUGAACAAGCAGGGAACCUCGUGCUCAGCUCCAAGCCGCCCUGUGUGUUCUCAAGAAGUGACUGCAGUUUUCAAGGCUCAAGUCAGGUACCUAAUUUCUAAAUUCUGCAUGAGGCCUGCAAGCCACCUACUUGGACUCAAACACAGUGACAAAAGCAAAUCAGUCAACUCCUUUGGACACCCUAAUUCAGGAAAUAAAAAUAGGUAUUGUCAUUUGAGAUGUAAACUGAGGAGGGGGUUAUUUAUACGCUGUAGGGACAGAAGGCCAGGUUGGAACGCAGGAAAAUGGACAGAAUUUGAUCUCUGGACUUGAACUCCAUAAGCAUUCCAGCACAAACAAGAAAAUGAGCUUGUUUUAAUGGGAAUCAUUCUGGUUCCUGUACUGAUGUUUGCAUAACAGUGUGAUGGGAGCAAGGGAAGUGAGGUUGUAUGUUUGUGUUUCAGGCUUGAAACCAGCCUUUUUCAUUUGUGCGCCUUACAAGCAUCCUUAAUUUCACAUUUCUUACUGUCUGUACUUCCCACACCUGACAACUGCAAAACACAGUGGGCAGUACUUAUGCCCAGAGAUGCGUUUGGCUUCCCCUUUUGUCUGUCCUUAGCAGGCCGAGUCUGACAGGUUUGUGUCUGAGGUGCGGUGGCCCGAAGUCAAGAUUUCCUCCCACAGAAGCUGUUCCCUGCAUUCUAAUUCUUUAAGAUGGAUUUUGGUUUGAUUUAAAUGGAGAAAGAGUUUCAAUCAUGUAUGAAAGCAAAAAAACAAAACAAUGUAAAACAGGCCCAGAUCUAAAACUAGGAAAAAGAUUAGCUUUUUCAAAGGUUCAUCUUCUAGCACUGUCUCUUUGUAACUUGUAGUAGGUAAGCUACUGCGGAGACUUGGCCCAGAGAGGGUCCGUUCCCAAGGGCAUGGCUUUCCCCUGCGCCCCUUGCUUCUGUGGCAUUUUACAAAGGUUUAUUAAAUGGAAUUGAUUCCCCUAAAAGUUUCGAAAAAUAAAAUCUUCAACAUACAAAGAAGAC